AUGAACAAACCGCGAAAAUUUAUUAUUGAUGUGGAAGAAACAAAGCGACUUCUAUUGGAACAAGAAGAUACCGAUGGUGAUUGUCAAAUAACCAUACAUGAUUCUGGUCCAAAAACUAUAACUCUUGGUACUGCAGACUCUGAUGGUCAUCGAAAAUUUGAAAUUCGUGGUACUUAUCAAUUAAGUAACCUUUUGCAAGAAUUGGCUCUUGCUGCGAGUCAUGGUAGAAAACAUGUAGUCUUGGAUGAAGCUAGAUUAAAUGAGAAUCCUGUUGAUCGUUUAUCUC